AGUUCAACACUGUCCGUCGACUCGAGUUCGUCUCAACUUCGAGGACAACGAACGGGACAUCUUCGUACUCUCGACUAAAGGUACAUCGUUAUAGUCACUGUCAUCGAGUUUAAUCGGAGAGGAAGAAGACAAGAUUCUUCGCGAAAAUAUUUAAAAGAAGGAAGGAAGGAAGUAAACUUCAACGAGAGACUUUUGCUUCUUCUAUUUUUUAACGUCGAAAGAAUGUUCAUCAGCUCGUUCAUCUUACUCGCAACGUCGAUCGUUCUUUCAUUUGCCGAGGAUUUGUCUUCGAACAAUCCGUUUUCUAUCAAACGUGGUCCGAUGAAUUUUCAAGGUAUACGUGGUAGAAAAGAUGAUCUCACAUCUAUUCAACACGGUGGUUUAUCCAAAAGAACACCCAUGAGUUUUCAGGGUAUGCAUGGGAAAAAGGACUUAAUUAACAAUGAGGACAAUUUUCCACAUGAGGUAGAAAUAUCUAAUAAACGAGCACUUAUGGGAUUACAAGACAUGAGAGGAAAAAACAAUUUUCUAAUUCCUGACUUCGAGGAUGCUUAUUUCCAAGAUAAUUAUGACAAGCGAGCACCAAUGGGAUUUCAAGGUAUGAGAGGAAAAAAAGCUAUGUCUGAUGAUGAGUAUUAUAAACGUGCACCAAUGGGAUUUCAAGGAAUGAGAGGAAAAAAAUCUCUCGAAGAAGUACUAGAGGAGAUCGAGAAGAGAACGUCAAAAGGAUUCCAAGGUAUGAGGGGUAAGCAAACCCACUUGUUCGACUAUCCAGAAGAAUAUGAGAAGAGGUCAUUGGAGAUGGGAUUUCCAGGUAUACAUGGAAAGAAAGAAGCAUUCCCAAUGGAGUGGGAGAAAAGAGCUCCCAUGGGAUUUCAGGGAAUGAGAGGAAAGAAGGCUCUCUACGAUGAAAUGAUAGAAGAACUAGAAAAACGUGCUAUUAUGGGUUUACAGGAAAUUCAAGAAAGGGAGGGCAUCAAUGAUAAUUAUGUGGAUUAUUUCAUGGAUCCGAUCGAUUACGAAAAAAGAGCGCCGAUGGGUUUCCAAGGUAUGAGGGGUAAAAAGGAUAGUGACAAACGUGCACCCAUGGGUUUCCAAGGUAUGAGAGGCAAACGAAACGUCAUACAACUUUAUGGAAUCAAUGAGAAAACAGCGCAGACGGAAUUCCAAGGCGAUACAAACGAUAGAAGAGACGGCGUAUCGUCAUACCAAUUUGAAAAGCGAUCGCCCUUCCGAUAUUUCGGAAUUCGCGGUAAGAAAAAUCCACGAUGGGAGAUUCGGGGAAAAUUCGUAGGCGUGAGAGGCAAAAAAUGGGCGAGAGCUCCAUACGUGGACAACGGCAGCCUCAAAAAUGUUUUUGAUAACAUCAAAAGGAUCGACGUGAAGACGGGCCCGACCGUGGCAUUAGAUGUCCAGUAAUGGUACCAAUUGUAAAUCUUACAAUCGUUACAGUCAUCUACCCAACAAAAACGACAUAUUAAGGUCAUGAUGAGCCGAAUGCGAAAUUUAAUUCGUUGAUUUUAGUUGAAAAUAAUUAUUGUAGAGCUCAAAUUUCUUUUUUUUUCUUUUUCUAGUCGUAGUGCUUUACUAUCUAGUCAAUAUAACAUAUGAUAGAUAAUUCGUACGUCAAAAUGAACAAAAAGAAAAGAGAAAAAAGAAAAAAGAAAAAAGAAAAAAGAAAAAUAGAAAACUAAGAUAAAAAAGAACCACCUCAUUUGAUUUGCGUUUCUCAAGAGGAAUGCAGACGCUAGAAUCAAAGAACGAAAAAAAUUGUGACUGUUCAUAGGAAAGCAUUUUGAAAAAAGCCUAUAUCAGUAUUAUUGUUAACUUGUGCGAUUAUCGAUUAUUUAAGAGUGAGAGUGAGAUAGAGUGUAUGAAAAAAUUAAAGAGAGAAAGAGAGAGAAAUAGAAAGAAUGUAUGAAAGUUAUAUAUAUAUAUAUAUAUAUAUAUAUAUAUAUAUAUAUAUAUAUAUAUAUAUAUAUAUAUAUAGAGAGAGAGAGAGAGAGAGAGAGAGAGAGAAAGAAAGAGAAAGAGUUACCUUAUUUUUCGUUUCUAGAUGUAUAGUAAGAGGCUAUAGCGAAGCAAUUAAAUAUCCCAAAUCAUUAAAAAAAUGCAUAACAAUGACGUGAAUAUAAGGGUAAAUGGUAAAAAAAGAUAUUUAAUAUACACAUACACAUAGAUACACAAAUACACACACAUACACAUAGAUACACAUAAAUACACAUACACAUAGAUACAUACACACAUAUAUACACACAUACACGACAUAUACAUAUAUAUAUGGGAUGUUUCAUUUUAAAUUCAUUGUUACAAACAAAUGUUUCAAAUAAAAGUUUUUACGUUUCGAAGGGAAAAUGUAAUAUAUAUUACAAUUUCAUCCUAGAAGGAGCUAUUGUCAAAAUAUGAAAAUCAUUACGAUCGUUUUAAAUAGAAAUUGAUAUUUUAAGAUUAACAAAAGUUGUAGAGAAUAUCAAUAGGAAUCCAACGAACAUCUAUAUUGUACCUUUUUAUCGACAUAUCAUUGAGUUAUUGCACUUUGAAUCUUAACGUACUGCGUUGCAUUUUAAUGUAAUUAUUGCGUGCAAUCGCAAUAAUGCGAUCAAUUUUCCUGUUAACAUUUCUUUGAUAACCACUAAUUAAUUUUUAAUUUGCUUUUUUUUAUUUUAUUUAUUUUUUUCAUAUAUUUUUGAAGUUAUGAUCAUUAGUAUCUUUCAGAAGUCAUAAAUAACAUUAUUGCAAUUAAAGUUUCUUAGACUUCAUAACUCGAUAAAAUAUCGAUGAUAAGUUAAGUACCUAUAUUGUAAAUGCUCAUUAAAUUUGUACUGAUAAUCUAUGAUUUUUGUUUGGCUGAAAUAUUGACUUCCAUUCUAAAAAAUUAUGACUUCUUUAUGUUGACAAUAGCGCUCUCUAUAAAAUAGUUGCAAUAAAUUUUUUCCUCAAAAUACUAGUAACUUUUAUAUGAAAAAUUUGUUUAUUAAAUCAAUAGAAAUGGAGAUAUUUGGGCAUAUCGUUUAAAAUGAGACACCCUAUAUAGCACUAGAUAGGAAUAUAUUUUUCUCUGAAUGUUAUAAAGUAGAUAUAUCUACAUCUAUAUUUGUGUACCUCAUAAAAGUGAUACUUUUCCUUUUAAUACCAUACUUUGGUCAUCUGCAAUGUUAAAGCUCGCACAAUAUUUGUAUAUCUAAUUUAGUCCUAAACGUACCACUAUUAGCAAGAAUUUAUCUUAUACUAGUAUUCAUAUACUUCAAAAAAAUCUGAACUAUAUACCUCCCUAUAUAAUUUCUUAGAAUAGCAAAUGCGAGUCGAAGUUGAAGGAAACUAUUACCAAAAAUAUCAAACUAAUGAGAUGGGAUGGAACAGAAUAAGUGUGAUACUACUUUAUAUUUCUUAUGCAGCUGAUGUACCUGAAAUGCACGAAUUUCUUUCCUCUGUACUUUUCUAAAAACAAUCGCUAUUCCUUCUAUAAAGUGAGAUGUUUUUGGUGAAUGCUUCUAGUAAGCUCGAUCAGCAGAUUUCCUAGGCUGGAAGAGGAACAAGCUUUGUAUUUUAAUUCUUAAUCCUAGUCCUAAACAUAAUCUAAUAUAGUCCUACAUACUUUAUGAUUAAGGCACAAAUAUGAAAGAAAAAAGUCUUUAUUAGGCUAAUGAAUCUAUCAGUAAGAUAGUUGAAAUAUGUCUUACAAUAUUCUAUGACUACAAAGUAUGUAGAUUAAAGAAAGUAUCUCCUAACAAUAAAAUGCACCAUUAUCAUAUGCUUGGUGAUCAAAGUAUGGUAAACAAAUCAAAUAAUGCAGAAGAUUUGAACAUAUUUUUUUUCAUUCUUUCAAGAUUAAAAUGUAAUAGAUUCUUUAAUUGAAAUUUUCUAAUUACAAAGAAAUAUUUUUAUAUCAACUAAUUUUUUCUAGAUUUGGUAAUGUUUAAAUAUAUUUUGAAACAUGUUUUAUAAUUUUUUGUAAUGUUACUUAUUAAUUAUACUUUUAUUUAAUGUUUCAUAUUCAAAUAAUUAUUAUAUGUAUUAAUGACAUCCUGUUAUCCAACAGAAGUUAUAAAAUAACUGGAGUCAUAAUAUCUAAACAAAUUUAGUAAAAUAUACUGUCAUAUUUCUGUAUAUUAUUAAAUGUUAAUGAACUUAGUUUUUCUGAUCUAUACUAAAACAUAAUUUCAAAACAUCCCAUGUCAUUCAAAACUGAUUCUUUGUUUACCUGUUAAUAUUUCUUUAGAAAUUUAUCUAAUAGAUCAAGAUUACUUUUUAAUUAUAUAAUAUCUUAUAUGAAAAUUUAAUUGUUAGCUAUAAAGAAUUCAAAAUAAUUUAUGCAAAAAUAUGUUCUAAUAGAUUGUAUUUUGGGCGAAAUGAUUGACUGGUUGCUACGAUGAAAAAAUUAUAAAAGUGUAUAUAACGCAAAGAAUAAUUAUGACGAUUAGUAAAAUGAUUAUUAUGUAUGUACACAUAUCGAUGUACUAUAUAAAUAUAUGUCUACGUACAAUUGAAUGAAGAACA